AUGGAAAUGUGUGAGCGGAAUCCGUUAAAUCCCGGCUACGUUGGUUCUCUGCUGAAUUUUGCUCCACCUGAGUCGCUGUAUUUCUCCAACUUGCGGGGUAAUGGAGCCCACAUACCCGGGCUGCAUCAGAUCCCUUACAACAGGAGAGAGGUGUGCACGCUCCCGUGGACUUCCUCAAGUUCGUGCACGUCCAGACCAGCAGCACCACCACCACAGAGCCGCGCCUUUGGCGGCUACUGUCCGCCGUUUCUGUCCAAUAACUCGGUGUCUGUGAACACCAACUCCUCCGGCGGCCACGUCAAGGCGCAUUUGGAGGAGUCGGCUCGAUGCUUUCAGGACGCAGACCACAAGACAGAGGAGUCUGGCAGACAAGAUGAGGCUUACGCCGGGGAGCAUGGGGCAGUCAGUGACCGCGGCUACUCGGACCUUCACAGCCGGUCUCACGGUCCUGGAGCCCAGUUGAACGCGGAUUCUGCAGGUCCGCUGAACGUGACCGGCACCAAACAGGAACAGAACUGCUUUCAGCCACCAUCCAGUAACACAUGCUCCAGGACGACUUUUGCUGAAGGUGCCCCAUGGUGCUCGUCACAAGUGAGAACCCGAAAGAAGAGAAAGCCUUACACGAAGCCACAGCUGGCUGAACUUGAGAAUGAAUUCAUGAUGAACGAAUUCAUCAACAGACAGAAACGAAAAGAGCUGUCAGACAGACUGGACCUGAGCGACCAACAAGUGAAAAUCUGGUUUCAGAACCGGAGGAUGAAGAAGAAGCGGCUCAUGAUGCGCGAGCAGGCUUUCUCCGCGUACUGA